CCAGAAGAAGAGUCACCGGAAGUACGGACUUUAAGCUAACAAAGAGAUGGGAUGUACUGUGCUGUACUUUUAGACAGAACUACGAACUGAUUUUCAGUAACUUUGCAGUAAUUUCAUCUUGAGUUCAGUUCAUGUGCACCGGUUCCGUAUCUAUUAUUUUAAGGAAACUUUAGCUAACAGAGAUGAGGAGACAGCAGGCUAAACAACGAGAGGAAGUGGCUACGGAAGAAAUGUUGGAGUUUCUGGAAACAACAGUCUCAGAUUAUAAAGAGGAAACAUGUCGUUUAAAGGACAAACUGCAACACAACCAAACCCAAGAUGCUGUUUUCAACCCAGAAGUUCUGCUUCACAGUUCAGAUGUUCAGCAGAUGGUGCUGAUUAAAGAAGAAGCUCCUGAAGUACGGAUGCUUGGUUUGGACCAACAGGACCCUGUGACCCUCAACAUAAAGGAGGAAGAGGUAGAACUGUGGAUCAGUCAAGAGGGAGAGCAGUUUUGUGUGAAAAGGGAGACAGAUAACACGGGGUUUGCAUUCACUGCUGUUCCUUUGAAGUGUGAGGAAGAUGAAGAGAAACCUCUGUUUUUACAGCUUCAUCAGUACAAAGUAAAAGAGGAAGAUCUUCCAACCAGCAGCUCAGCUGACCAGAUGAAAGUGGCAACUGGUGGAGAGGACAGUGGAGGAGCAGAAACUACCACAAACCCAGAUGAUGAUGACGAUGAUGUGGAUGAUGUGAAUGACUCUGACUCCCAGCUAAAAGACUUAUCAGGCUCUGGGUGGUGCUUUGCUUUUUUGAUAUGA